AUGGCCAAGAAUGAGGACGUCGAUGUGAUCACCGGCGACUGGAUGUCCGAAUGCAAUAUGACUCUUCGCGGAUCUGAUAAGCGCGACCGCCUCGCCCAAAAAUCCAUGUCAUCUGGAUCCACGGUGGUUGCCAAGGGCUACGAGCCAUACUUUCUGGAUGAGCUUGAUCCCGCCAUCCCCUGGCUGGCGAAACGCGGUGUCAAAAUCGCUGUCAACGCCGGGGCGAGCGAUGUCCAUGGACUUGCUGAGGCGGUCAAGGGGCUCAUCAAGAAGCAUGGCGUUGAGCUGAAGGUCGGCGUUGUUGAUGGCGAUGAUGUCACGGACGCUGUGUUGGAUCUAUACAAGAAAGGCGAGAAAUUCCUCAACCUUCCCGCCAACAGGCCAAUUCAGGAGUGGGGAUUUGAUCCCAUUUGUGCCCAGUGCUAUCUCGGCGGGACGGGUAUCGCAGAGUGCUUCAUGGCUGGCGCUGACAUCGUCCUCUGUGGCCGCGUUGCUGAUGCCUCUGUCACGGUCGGUGCUGCAAUGUGGUGGCAUGGCUGGACCCGCGAUAAUCUCUCCGAGCUGGCUGGCGCUUUGAUGAUCGGGCACAUUAUUGAAUGCAGCACAUAUGCCACGGGAGGAUACUACUCGGGAUUCAAAGACCUUGGUCUUAAUGAUACUGACAUGGGAUAUCCUGUCGCAGCCAUCGACGAGAAAGGAGAGGCUGUCAUUACGAUGGAGGAAGGCAAGCAUGGCCUUGUCACCACUGCCACCAUUGCUAGCCAGCUCCUCUACGAGAUCCAAGGACCACUCUACUACAACUCAGACGUGACAGCCUCCAUCGAAGACAUGCACCUGAAGCAGAUCAGCAAGAACGCUGUUCAUGUUUCCGGCGUCAAGGGUCUUCCGCCGCCCUCAACUACCAAAGUCGGCAUCACUGCCAAGGGCGGAUGGCAAGCUGAGUUCCAUUUCUAUCUCACCGGUCUCGACAUCGAAGAGAAAGCCGCCAUGGUCGAACGCCAGACAAAAGCCCUGAUGGGCGAUCAUAUCAACAAGUUUUCGUGUCUUCGCUUCAUGGUCGCUGGGGCCGUGCCUUCAGACCCUCAGUCUCAGGAAGAAGCCACCGUCGACAUGCGCAUCUUCGCCCAGACGCGGGACCCUGACUUGCUCUCUGGGAACAACUUCGUUGACUCUGAUCGUGGCUCAUUUGCACGAUUCUGCAUCGAGAACUUGCUCCAGGGCUACCCCGGAAGUACAAUGGCCCCAGACAUGAGGACCGCCAUCGGAAGACCGUUCUUCGAGUACUGGGUCAGCUUGCUGCCACAGACAUUCGUUCACGAGACUGCUCAUUUGCCAGACGGGACGGUGUUAGACAUCCCUGCGCCGACGAACGUGAGAGACUAUGAGCGGGAGCAGCCGAGCUAUGACACGGUGAAUGCUGCUGAUUUGAAAGAGUUUGGAGAGACCACACGAGGUCCGCUUGGCUGGGUGGUACUCGGCCGCUCUGGGGACAAGAGCUCUAAUGCCAAUCUUGGACUCUUCGUUCGCCACGAUGACGAGUGGGAUUGGCUGCGGUCGUUGCUGAGCACUGCUAAACUGAGAGAGUUGCUAGGCAAGGACGACAAGGGACGGCAGAUUGACCGCUGCGAGUUCCCGAACAUUCGGGCGGUGCAUUUCCUUUUGAAGGAUCACCUCGACCGAGGGUUCAACUCUACGAGUAGCUUCGACAGUUUAGGUAAGAACUUGUGCGAGUAUAUCCGGUCGAGACAUGUGGAUAUUCCGAAUAAGUUCUUGGAGAGAGGCAGAGUUUAG